AUGGAAGAAGCCCUGAGAAGGCUCAACGGCACUCUCUGCCGCGACUCCGAUCCCCACCCCCCCGCCACCAAGCGCCGCGCCGCCUCCUCCUCCGCCUCCCAACCCCCCGCUAUGCGCUACCGCGGCGUCCGUCGCCGCCCCUGGGGUCGGUACGCCGCGGAGAUCCGCGACCCCCAGUCGAAGGAGCGGCGGUGGCUGGGGACCUUCGACACGGCCGAGGAGGCCGCCUGCGCCUACGACUGCGCCGCCCGCGCCAUGCGCGGCGUGAAGGCGCGGACCAACUUCGUGUACCCAAAGCCGCCGUCCUCUCAGCCGCCCACCAUGGGCUUGAGGAACACCUUUGCCCUCAACUCAAAAAUAUAUCCCCAAUCCCCCACCGACCUCAUUACCCCGACCGCCGCCGCAUUUUCUCUGCACCCUUACCAUUUCCCAAAGCUCUCGUGCAACACGACCUUAUUAGCUCCGACCACCUUAUUUUCGGACACGACCAGCUCUUUACUGACUCCAAACUAUUUGUCUAAAGUUCAAGAUAACAACAAUUCGGAGCCGGUGGAUUUUUUCUCGACGGAGAAGUCGGGUGGUUCGGGUUUGUUGGAGGAAGUUCUGAAAGGAUUCUUCCCGAAACCCGAUCGCACAAAGACGACAAACGAAGCCAAGAGGAAACACGCUUCUUCGGAUAACGAGUUUUCGGCGCAGUAUAAUUAUUCGAGCAGCAGCAAUUUGCAUAGUAAUGGCAGUAGUGAAGGGCCUCAGUUAAACAGUACUACUGCAUCGAGUGGAAUGGUGGGAGAUAUUGUCCACUAUCAGGAAGCCCUUAAUCUGUUUGCUGCUAAACUAGGUUGA